AUGAAUGGGUCAGACGGACGUACUAGUAGAAGGGCAGUCCCGUUGACGAAUGAUGGAGCUGCCAGCCCCCAGCACUGCCGUCCUCGGAAGGUGCUGUCGGCCUUGGCGGCUCCCUUCCCCGACGCCGAACAGAGCCGUGGAGCUUCCGUGCAGUCAAGAACGCCCAGUGCCGUGGUAAGCACGUUGUCUAGGGCAACCAUAUCAAUGGUUCUUCUGGCGGGGCAGAGGCACGCGGCUUUGGGAGACGCUGUUGCUUCGGCGGAAGCCGUGGAUUCUUCUUCGAAGGAUGCGGAUGCAGUCGGCGUGGCCCCUGAGAAGAUCUCGGAGGCGUGCGUGGACCCGACGCCGAUGCUGGAGGCCCUAGAGCUAGCCAAGGCCACUGUUCAGGGCGAGCUCGACGACUGCGAGGCCAAGCGACUCGGCCUCGACCGCCUCAUGAAAGGGCUGGAGGCCACGGUCGAGAAGCAGUCCCAGGUGCUACACGCGGCCGGUGGAGAGAAGGGCAUCCGGGAGCUAACGGAAGUGGCCUCCUCGGCGGGAGACGCGACCGCUCUCCUGCAGCAGGCGCGGGCGGAGGCGGCAGCUGCUAGGGAGGAUGCGGCGGCGGCUAGGGGGGAGGUUGAGGCUGCGAAGCAGGAGGCUGAGGCGGCGAAGGAGAGCGGGGCGAACGCCGGCAGCGAGGCGGCCGCCGCUCGGGAAAAGGCGGCGCAGAUGGCGGCGGAGAAGGAAGCUUUGCAGGGCAAGCUCGACGCCGCGGACAAGGAGCUGGAGACCCUGAGGAACAAUCUUACCAGGGCGGAAGCGAAGGAGUCAAAGGCGAGAGAGGAGCACGACAUACACGCGCAGGAGAUGCGGGGGAAGCUUGAGAGGACGGCCUCGGAGCUGGAGCUUGCGAAGAAGCCUCGCGUGGUAAGCAUGACCGCCAUCUGCGCCGACGUGAAGGAGCUGGGCAACAACCUGGUAGAGCAGAGCAAGGACGCCCGGGAUGACAUCGUCAAGCGGGCUUCGGAGAAGGUGGAGAUGGCGAGAGUAGUCGUGCAGCCCCACUACGACUCUGCGGUCGAGGCCUCCAAGCCGGUGGUCAAGAAGGCCAUGGAGAUUACGGAGCCGCACCGUAAGAAGGCCGGGGAGGUGCUGGCUGUGUACCGGGGGAAGUUCGACGAGAGCGUGGGGGCGCCGGCUGCAGAGAAAUGGUCGAGCGGGAAAGCGAAGGUUUCCGAGGCUUGGCAGGCCGCACAGACAAAGAGCGAUGAGUCGGCAGCGUGGAUUGUGUCGGUUCUGGUGAGCUGGGGAAUGCCCGAACAAGAGGCGGAAAAGACGUGCCGGUACGUGAACAACCUUUUGUUGGCAACUGUGGUCGUGGCGCUGGUUGUCUACUUUGGGGGAAGCACCGUGACGUACUUCAUAUGGCCAGUGCUGCGCACCGUGUUGCGCCUCGCCCUGUGGGUGCUGGUCCUGCCGCUCCGCAUACUCUUCCUCCCGGUCCGCCUGGUGUUGUGGGUGUUGCUCAAGUGCUUCCGGCUGGUGUUCGGCGGGGGUGCCGGCAACGCCGCCCCGCCCGCCGCCGCGGCGAAGGGCGCGACAAGAGAGUCCAAGAAGAGGAGAUGAACCUUCUCAGUCGCGUGCUGCUUGUCACCCGCGAUGCCGCCGCCUGCGACAUGCGCAACAUGCGCACGUCCCCAGAGGGGGGGCGAGUGAAUUUUUGCCCUCCCAAGACAACGCUCGAAAAAGAAUAAUAACCCCGAGGCGGUUUCAAAAGGAAACGCCCUAGCCAAAUUUUUCAGGGUUGUGAAUGGAAACCGGCGGCAGUAUGAGGCGGCCGCGUCCAGAAAUGACGCAGCGGCGGAACCCCAGUUUUCUGAUUGGCCAAAUUGUUCUGAAAAGGAACUUGGACCCUGGGUGGAAAGUCCCUGGUCUGCCGAUAACGUGACACCUUUCGGGCAAACAAAAAUAAGACACAUUGCCUCUUUUCCUAAUGUAUUUGUCGCGGGGUUACUUUAUUUGUGCGACGAAUCACGGAGUAGUUUCAAUCGUGGACGGUCGGUCCUUCGGGGGAUAUUAUUAUUUUUUUUCCCCAACAGUUUUGGAGCUUUUACCUGAUUGCUGGUAGACGGUAUCUAAUAGUAGGGCUUUUGGAACGAACGGAGGCAGAUUGUGUGCGUUUGAGCGGGGGGUAGGCGCGCCGAACGAGACAAGCCUCUCGUGAGCGACGGCGUUUUGAGCCGAAGACGGAGAGGGGACGGACGACUCGGCGGGUUGGACGAACACGCCUGUUUCUUUCGGGGUUAAGUGAACAAUAAUGGGCUCGUGCGGGUUCGCCGCCAGAUCAACGCUCAUCGCAAGGUAUUUUAGUCGUUAUUGUUCAUGCUCGAUCGGGCGCCGUGUGGGGGUUAAGCUUACAAACGGUUGUUGGCAGCAUUAUUGUUGUCUUUGAUUGGCAGUCUCUUCACUCUGACUUCUUUUGUCCGAGGUAUCGAGUUGGAAGAGUUGGACUGUGAUUUCAUUCUCAAAGCCACGCCGUGGGUGAAUGAAGAGCAUGGCCCUCCGCGGCAUAUAUACCCGCGUGUGGUGUGGAGUGUUGGGCACAGCGCGUGCGAACUGCGGGGCGUGAGUGGUACAUAUCGUCCGCCUGGGCAACCAACCAUCUGUCGAAAGCCCCGGGUUUUCCUGCCUACAACCAGGAACCGCCGCGGUUUGGUGACGCACGGGGUGUGCUACCUGUUGUCGUUGUUGAAACUAUUGGUUGUUCUGUCUGAUUUCUUGGGGAGAGGUGCCGAUGUGUGUAGUCUACCGCUGUUGUCUUCUUGUUUCUCUCUCCUUGCGUGCCCUUUUUCAUCGGGAAGAUAAAAUUUAGUGAAACAUCGUCAUUUUGUGUUGAGGAGGGAGGCCAGGACAGCACGUUCGGGGGCAAUCUGGAACACACCAUAUUCGACAAUG